UUUUGAAGAACGAGGAGACCCUAAAAACGAAUUGGGAACAAUGGAAGCCAUCUGGUUGUACCAGUUUCGUUUGAUAGUGAUUGGGGACUCCACAGUGGGAAAGUCGUGUCUGAUUCGGAGGUUCACCGAAGGCCGCUUUGCCCAAGUGUCUGACCCCACGGUGGGGGUGGACUUCUUUUCCAGGCUGGUAGAAAUUGAACCAGGCAAGAGGAUCAAGCUACAGAUCUGGGACACAGCCGGACAAGAAAGGUUCAGGUCAAUCACCCGUGCCUACUACAGAAAUUCUGUCGGAGGGCUCCUGCUAUUUGACAUCACCAAUCGUCGCUCCUUCCAGAAUGUUCAUGAGUGGCUAGAGGAAGCGAAGGCCCACGUGCAACCCUAUCAGAUCGUGUUUGUUCUGGUGGGCCACAAAUGUGACCUAGACACGCAACGUCAAGUGACAAGACAUGAGGCGGAAAAACUAGCCACUGCCUAUGGAAUGAGAUACAUCGAGACCUCAGCUCGAGAUGCCAUCAAUGUAGAGAAAGCCUUCACUGACCUGACUCGUGACAUAUAUGAGCUUGUUAGAAAGGGGGAGAUAAAUAUUCAAGAAGGAUGGGAGGGGGUAAAAAGUGGAUUUGUCCCAAAUGUAGUGCAUUCUUCUGAAGAGGUAAUUAAGUCCGACAGGCGGUGCUUUUGCUAAGCAGUACAAUUACUAAUGUUUAGGCCGCCAAUACAGACUCUACUAAUAUAACACCAUCCUAAUGAAUCUGACAGGUAAAGGGUACCUUGACCUUGCGGUGGAAGGUGUGAAGGUAGGUUGAACAGAAGAAGAAAAUCACUGCUUGUAAAAAUCAAAAAAACAUUUCUAGACAAUGAGCGUUCUUACAUCUCUGGCAAUGGCCAAGUGUGCAUGUCUAUGUUUAGGAGUUGGGAUUCAUAAGUCAAUGAUACCAAGAGUUCAGAUACAUUCUAAUUCAUUUGAUAAAUUCUGUGUAGUUAAAUGUUGGUAGUUAUAUGCAGUGAACUAAUACCACGGUGUAUAUUGGUCAUGAUAUAUAGUUAUAGGAAAAGCAACCCUUUUGUUUACUGUACUUUGAAAAA